AUGUCUUCAGAGCUCAGGUACACCGCCAACACCCAACUCGAGCAUCUGCACGCUCGCUACACAGGCACAGGACACGCUGAUCUGACGAAAUACGAAUGGCUCACGCACCAGCACCGUGACACCCUCGCCUCCAUUGUGGGGCACCCGCCGCUCGCCUCGUACCUUGCCAUUGCUGACGGAGAGGCUGUCGGACGGGUGAAGUUCGAGAUGACUGAGCGCAUGUUGCAGCCUUGUGGUCCGCCACCUGCGAAAGAUGAUUGA